AAUCCAAAGUCACCACCCCUAAAAUACACAACUCUUUAACUUUAAAACAAAAAAAGAGAGACGAAGACUAGUCACCACUUGUCCACUACACUUUAUUCUCUUCCUCUUCUCCUACUUGUUUUAUCAAUCUUGACAUAUACUUUUGUUAUAUGCAAAGUUUAGGAAAGCAAGAAAUAUGGAUUUAUUAGCAAUUGAUGAUAUAAUCAAUCGGUUGCUUCAAGUUCGUGGCAGACCUGGAAAACAAGUGCAACUUUCUGAGGCAGAAAUUAGACAACUUUGUCUAAAGUCCAAAGAAAUAUUCUUGCAACAGCCUAAUCUUCUUGAACUUGAUGCACCCAUCAAGAUCUGUGGGGAUAUCCAUGGUCAGUAUUCAGAUCUACUUAGGCUGUUUGAGUAUGGUGGAUUACCUCCAACAUCCAAUUACCUAUUCUUGGGUGACUAUGUUGAUCGGGGGAAGCAAAGUUUGGAAACAAUAUGCCUUCUUCUUGCAUAUAAAAUAAAGUAUCCUGAGAACUUUUUUCUUUUGAGGGGAAACCAUGAAUGUGCUUCUGUGAAUCGUAUAUACGGAUUCUAUGAUGAGUGCAAACGAAGGUUCAAUGUUCGACUGUGGAAAGUAUUCACAGAUUGUUUUAACUGCCUCCCAGUGGCAGCUCUGAUUGAUGAAAAGAUAUUGUGUAUGCACGGUGGACUCUCUCCCGAUCUUCAUCAUUUGGAUGAGAUAAGGAACCUUCAACGACCUACCGAUGUUCCAGACAGUGGGUUGCUCUGUGAUCUUCUCUGGUCAGAUCCUAGUAAAGAUGUUAAAGAGUGGGGAAUGAAUGACCGGGGAGUUUCUUACACCUUUGGCCCUGAUAAGGUCACAGAGUUUCUUCAGAAGCUCGAUCUUGAUCUUAUUUGUCGUGCCCACCAGGUUGUGGAAGAUGGAUAUGAAUUUUUUGCUGAUAGACAACUUGUGACGAUUUUUUCAGCCCCUAAUUAUUGUGGAGAGUUUGACAAUGCUGGUGCUAUGAUGAGUGUGGAUGAGACUCUGAUGUGUUCUUUUCAGAUAUUAAAGCCUGCAGAGAAGAAGCCAAAGUUUGGAGGAUUUGGGAGCACAACUACUACGGUUAAAAAUGCAACUCCAGCAAAAUCGAAGUCAUUUCUUGGUAAAAUUGGAUGAGACGAACCAAAUCCAGUUUCAUUGUCAACUACCCCUCUUAGCUCCAGUAUAUGCAGAUGGAGGCUCGGGUUUGGAAGCAUUGCAGAAGUGAAGAAGAUACCUUCCCAAGAUUCGAAUCGGGAAAUCUGUAGUAAUUUUGAUUUGUCAUGUAUGAUAUAAACCAAUCCAGUGAGGCAAGCUGUAUGAUUCACCAGCAAAUAGAUUUUCUAACCCUCUUUUGGUCUUUUAUUCAGGAAACUUUUUUGGUGCAGUUUGAUCCAGGGAACAAAUGUUACCCUUUGUGUUAAAAAGUGCUGGAUGUCUGUUUUCUUAGAUGCGUAUGUUUCUCUUGUAAUGUUUCACGCUUUUGUAGAGUUUAGCU